AUGCAUAUAAAAAGGCCUGUAAAUUAAUGAAAUGAACCUUUUAUGUCCCAGAACUUUGAAAAGUCUCCCCUUGCUCUCUUUAUUUUCUUUGGUUUACACAAUUUUUCCCGCAAUUCUUCCAUGUUCUUUCUAUUAACUUUCGGCUAAACAAUUCAUGGUUGCUACUGUGUUAAGCUUCUUUCUAAGACAAAAAUCCAACAGAACCAACCGGUGGCGUAUAUAGGCAAAAGUAAACCUCAUUCGUCAGUUCAUCUGCUUGAUGGGGUUAGCAGGCUUGCGCUUGGAAGUGCCUUGGGCACUUAUUUCUGCUGUUUCACUGCUCUUGUGCUGUAAUUCACAAGGUCCUUACUCAAUUGGUUCAGCAAAGUUAGUAGUCAAUGGAAAUGACACGGACAGACAGGCUUUGCUCGAGUUCAAGGCCAAGAUAGCUGGUGAUCAGCUUGGCGUUAUGCGGUUGUGGAACAACAGUGUUCAUUUUUGCCAGUGGCAUGGUGUUACAUGCAGCAGCCGACAUCAAAGAGUGACCAAAUUGGAACUGCGAUCACUGAAAUUAACGGGAACCAUAACACCAUAUAUCGGAAAUUUUAGCUUUCUAAAGGUGUUGAAUCUUCUAAACAAUGGCUUCAGCCAUGGAGUUCCUCAAGAAAUCAGUCGCCUGCGUAGGUUAGAAGAGUUAAUACUUGAUAAAAACCCCUUAGGCGGUCAAAUUCCUUCCAAUAUAUCUGGAUGUUCUAAGCUCAAACGCCUUUACAUAGGACACUGCCAGCUUGUUGGAGACAUACCUGGUGUUCUUGGCCUAUUGUACAACCUAAAAUCUUUAGGUUUAAGCAACAACAGUCUAACAGGGAGUAUCCCACCUUCCUUGGGCAAUAUAUCGACUCUGGACGUAGUUUAUCUAUCACUUAAUGAACUGCGUGGGACUAUCCCUGAAGCUCUUGGCCAAUUGAAAAAUCUAACUCUUUUUUCUGUGGGAGCAAAUGGACUUUCAGGUAUAGUUCCUUCAUCAAUUUUCAAUCUCUCUAACAUUAGAACACUUGAUAUCGGUUCAAAUCAAUUUCAAGGUAGUCUUCCUGCAGACUUGGGAAUCACCAUACCGUAUGUUGAAACCCUUUAUGUCAGUAGAAACCAAUUCAGUGGACCAUUCCCUCUUUCAAUAUCCAAUGCUUCAAAUCUCAUAGACCUAGAGUUUUCCUUCAACAAACUUGUUGGGAAGUUGCCUUCCUUUGAAAAGCUGGAUAAGUUGGAAUGGUUUACCCUUACCUACAACCUCCUUGGAAGUGGGGAAGCAAAUGACUUGGACUUUGUCUGCUCUUUAAUGAAUGCCACCAGCCUAGUGGCGUUGGAGAUAAACUACAACAACUUCGGAGGUGUAAUACCUACUUGCAUAAGCAAUCUGUCCACUAACCUCACAUUUUUCCUUUUAGACAACAAUGAAAUAUCAGGAACCUUUCCAGUUGGGAUUGGAAAUCUCAUCAACUUAGAGAUGCUAUUGGCAGGAAGUAAUCAGUUGUCAGGUUCCAUUCCUUCUGCUAUUCAGAGGCUUCAGAAGGUACAGACGCUCGAUCUAUCUAAUAAUUCUUUCUCUGGAAGUAUUCCCUUUUCUCUUGGAAAUUUAACCAUGUUGCUUCAGCUGGAUUUAAGUCAAAAUAAUCUUGCGGGUACAAUUCCUUCCAGUCUCAGUAAAUGUGAAAAUCUUCUUUUCAUGGAUCUUUCAAACAAUAACCUUACUGGCUCUAUACCCCCUGGAGUACUUGGACUCUCAUCGUUGUCCUUGAACCUUGACUUAUCCUCAAACUACUUAACUGGUGAUCUUCCUAAUGAAGUAGGAAACUUGAAAAAUCUAGGUCAAUUGUCUGUUUCUCAAAACAGGUUAUCAGGUGUGCUUCCAAGCAGUCUAGGUUAUUGUAUAAGGCUAGAGAAGCUAAUAGUGAGUGACAAUUUCUUCCAUGGAACCAUUCCUUCAUCCUUCAGUUCAUUGAGAGGUCUUGCAGUUUUAGACAUUUCCCACAACAAUCUCUCUGGUGAAAUUCCUGAAUUCUUUGCGAACUUUACAUUGCAAUAUUUGAAUCUUUCUUACAAUGAUUUCGAAGGCAUGGUACCUACUGGUGGAGUUUUUAAUAAUGCAAGUGCUACAUCCAUCGAGGGAAACAAUAAACUUUGUGGUGGUACACCCGAGUUCCAUUUGCAUGGAUGUAACUCGAAAAGGUCUAGGAGGAAAUCGAGCAAUCGACUCAAACUAAUACUUGCUAUUGUUUUUGGGCUUUUAGGAGUAACUUUGGUACUCCUCUUUCUCCUUGUUUUUUGGUUUAGAAAGAGAAGAAAGCAACCUGCAUCAACUUCUCCUGAAAAUUCACUUUUAAGGUUAUCCUACCAAAGCAUCCUAAAGGCUACUGAUGGAUUCUCUUCAGCCAAUCUGGUAGGUGUAGGAGCCUACGGUUCUGUGUAUAAAGGAAUUCUCCAAGAGAAUGAAAUAGUUGUUGCCAUCAAAGUACUUAACCUUUUGAAUCAUAAAGCUUCUAGGAGUUUCAUGGCUGAAUGUGAGGCCUUGAGGAAAAUUAGGCAUCGAAAUCUUGUCAAAAUAUUAACAGCAUGUUCAGGUGUUGACUACCAUGGCAAUGAUUUUAAGGCGCUUGUCUAUGAGUUCAUGUCUAAUGGAAGCCUAGAGGAUUGGUUGCAUUCGUCUAUCGAAAUUCAGGCAGAGUCAAAGAAAAGCAUAAAUUUAUACCAGAGACUGAAUGUGGCUAUUGAUGUUGCUUGUGCACUGGAUUAUCUUCACCAUCAUUGUGAUCAAACAUCGAUUGUUCAUUGUGACCUCAAACCAAGCAAUAUUCUACUUGAUGAUGAAAUGACUGGCCAUGUAGGUGACUUUGGCUUAGUAAAAUUCAUUUCAGAAGAUGUGCAAAAUUACUCUGCAAGCCAAUCAAGCACCCUUGGAUUAAGAGGAACUAUUGGUUAUGCUCCACCAGAGUAUGGCUUGGGAAGUGAAGUGUCAACAUAUGGUGAUGUUUACAGCUAUGGAAUCCUUUUGCUGGAGAUUUUUACUGGAAAGAGGCCCACUGAUGAAAUGUUUAAAGAUGGCUUGAACCUUCACAACCUUGUCAGGACAGCUUUGCCAGAACGAGCAGUUGAGAUGACCGAUCCCAUUCUUCUUCAGGAAAGAGUCACAGGAGAAACAGUAGCAAACACUAGUGAUUGCAAUGAAAGCAGCCAGAGCAAUACGAUACUCCUUCAGUGUUUGAAUUCAAUAUAUGAAGUUGCACUCACUUGUUCGGCUGAAUUGCCAACCAUGCGAAUGAACAUGAGCGAAGUUGUUGCUGAACUUUGCUUGAUCAGAAACAAGCUAUUUCCAACUAAGCUAAGACCAGAGAGACAUAUACAUUCGAAUCACAAGCUAUCAGGCAAGCAUUUGAAACUGUCCACCUUUCUUUUCCUUGUUUACCCUGCCGUUACUCUCCUUACUUUCUUUAACCUGCAAGGUCCUAAGUUUCUUGGUUUGGCAACUCCUGUGGUUAUUGGAAAUGAGACGGAUCGACGAGCUUUACUUGAGUUCAAGGCGAUGAUAAUUGAUGAUCACUUCGGGGUUUUGCAAUCCUGGAACGACACUAUCCACUUCUGCCAGUGGUAUGGUGUUACAUGCGGUCACAGACAUCAGAGAGUCACCAUGUUGGACUUGGGAUCCCUAAAGCUCGUGGGGUCUAUAUCACCAUUUAUUGGAAAUUUGAGCUUUCUCAGGUUGUUAGACCUUGAAAACAAUAUUUUCAAUCAAGCAAUCCCUCAAGAAAUUGGCCGUUUACGAAAAUUGCGAGAGUUAACAUUGGAAAACAACACCCUAAGUGGUGUAAUUACUUCCAAUUUGUCUGGUUGUUUUCGGCUGGAAUCAGUUUCUCUUGCAGGCAACUUGCUAACCGGAGAAAUACCAGGUGUGCUUGAUUUCUUGUCAAACCUAAAAAAAAUUAGAUUCAGUCGUAAUAAUUUAAGGGGGGGUAUACCGCCUUCCUUGGGUAACAUAUCCUCUCUGGAGUCUAUUGCUUCAAGUGAUAAUAGAUUGAGUGGGGUUAUACCAGAAACUCUUGGCAAAUUGAAAAAUCUUGUAUCUCUUUCUGUGAAUAUGAAUGAAAUUUAUGGUGUCAUCCCUGCCUCAAUUUUCAAUCUCUCCAAUAUUAGAAAACUUGGUAUGGUCAAAAACCAGAUACAAGGUAGUCUGCCAUCGGACUUAGGAAUCACUAUGCCAGAGAUUGAAAUCCUUGCUUUCGGGUUUAAUCAAUUGAUUGGACCAUUCCCUCUUUCAAUAUCCAAUGCCUCAAAUCUUGUUCUCCUUGAUGUUGGCCGAAACAAACUUAGUGGACCCUUGCCUUCAUUUGAAAAGCUGGAUAAACUAUCACGAUUUUUAAUUGAGGGCAACCUUCUUGGGAGUACGAUGGCAACUGACCUGAACUUUCUUUGCACUUUAAACAAUGCUUCCAGACUAGAGUGGAUAGAUAUAGCCCAAAACAACUUUGGAGGAGAAUUACCGGAUUGCCUAGGCAAUUUCAGCUAUCUCUUAGCUUUAACUAUCCAAGGUAAUAGAAUAUUGGGAAGAAUUCCAGCUAGGAUUGAAAAUCUCAUCAACUUGGAGAUACUAGCGGCAUCAACCAAUCAAUUAUCAGGUUCAAUUCCCCUUGGAAUUGGGAGGCUUCAAAAGUUAAAGAUAUUUUUUGCAGUUCAGAAUUCUCUCUCAGGGGUCAUUCCCCCCUCUUUAGGAAAUUUGACAAUGCUAAUUAAACUUGCUUUAGGUUAUAACAAUCUUCAUGGCAACAUUCCUUCAAGUCUAGGAAAGUGCGAGAAUUUAGUUCAAUUGUAUCUUUCUAAUAACAACCUUAGUGGAUCUAUACCCCCUGAAGUAAUUGGGCUCUCAUCCUUGUCCAUGUCCCUAGACUUAUCUUCAAACUAUUUAACUGGUGUGCUUCCCGCCGACGUAGAAAAUAUGAAAAAUCUAGGUAGAUUAUAUUUGUCUCAAAACAGGUUAUCAGGUGUGCUUCCAAACAAUCUUGGUAGUUGUGUAAACCUGGAGGAACUAUUCUUGAAUGGCAAUUUGUUUGAAGGUCCCAUUCCUUCAUCUUUGAAUUCAUUGAGAGGUCUUGUAGCAUUAGAUAUAUCUGGCAAUAAUCUUUCGGGUGAGAUUCCAGAAUUUCUUGUGAGCUUUGAGUUUUUACAGUAUUUAAAUCUUUCUUUCAAUGAUUUUGAGGGUAUGGUACCAAUUGAAGGAGUAUUUAAAAAUGCAAGUGCUACAAUCGUUGAUGGAAAUCGUAAUCUUUGUGGAGGUACCCCUGAGUUGCACUUGCCUAGAUGUAACUUGAAAGAAUCCCAUAGAAGAUCGAAGAAUUCUCUGAAAUUAAAAAUUGCGAUUGUUUUGGCAGUUUUAGGAGUGACUUUGGUAUUCUCAUUUGUUCUCAUUUUGUGGUUUAGAAAGAAAAAGAUGAAGCCAACAGCUGCAGCUUUUGCAGAAAAUUCACUUUUAAACAUAUCAUACCAAAGCCUCCUAAAGGCUACUGAUGGAUUGUCCUCGAUGAAUUUGGUUGGUUCUGGUAGCUUUGGUUCUGUAUAUAAAGGAAUUCUUGAAGAGAGUGGAGUAGUUGUCGUUGUUAAGGUGCUUAAUCUUCUAUGUCGUGGAGCUUUCAAAAGUUUCAUGGCUGAAUGUGAGGCAUUGAAGAACAUCAGACAUCAGAAUCUUGUCAAGGUCUUAACAGCAAUUUCGGGUACAGAUUAUCAAGGGAAUGAUUUUAAAGCCUUGAUCUAUGAGUUCAUGCAAAAUGGGAGCUUGGAGGAUUGGUUGCAUCCAUCUGUUAGCGUGAAUGAGGCAAAUGAGGCACCAAAAAGCUUAAAUUUUUUUCAGAGAUUGAAUGUGGCCAUUGAUAUUGGUUGUGCAUUGGUUCUUCAUCAUCAUUGUGAAACACCAAUUGUUCAUUGUGACCUCAAACCAAGCAAUAUUCUACUUGAUGAUGAAAUGGUUAGCCAUGUGGGUGACUUUGGGCUAGCGAAAUUCAUUACAUCAGGUAUGCAGAAUAACACUUCAAGCCUAUCAAGCUCCCUGGGUUUAAGAGGAACAAUCGGUUAUGCUCCACCAGAGUAUGGAUUGGGAAGUGUUGUGACAACAUAUGGUGAUGUGUAUAGCUAUGGCAUUCUUUUGCUGGAGAUGUUUACUGGGAAAAAGCCCACUGAUGAAAUGUUUAAAGAGAAUUUGAGCCUUCAUAACUUUGUUAAAACAGCUUUGCCAAAUCAAGUGGCUGAGAUUUCAGAUCCCAUUCUUCUUCAAGAAAGUUUUCAAGGAGAAAGAAUGACCAACAAACAGAGCAACCAAAGAGAUAACAGGCUCCUUCAGUGCUUAAAUUCAAUAUUUGAAAUCGGAGUUACCUGUUCUGCUGAUUUGCCUACUGAACGAUUGCAUAUGACUGAUGUUGUAGCGAAGCUUUGUUCUAUAAGAGACAAGUUGCUUCCAACUCGACCAUUAAAAGCAACAGUAAUUAAGGUUAAAUAUUUUCUUAAGCUGCAGGUGCUCCCAGCCCACACUGUCCUCCAAACUGAGAAAAAGAGAAGAUAA